ACAUCAUUCAGUUUUAUCAGAAAUUUAUCACUUAUUAUGCACCAUUAAACAUUGGGUACAAGGGUUUCCAUACGAAGGUCCCUGUAAAACGCUCUGUGGAAUCGCUUACUGUAGCUUUUCCUCUGCGUUUUCAGCAUCACAUCAUUACCCACCGAGUUUUGGGUAGCGAAAUUCGGCACAUCGGAGACUAUGUUGGUGAUGACGAUGCAAACCGGGACGAUGUCGAGGGAUACCGUACCGUGUGGCCCCAGUCUGAUCUGAAUCUUCGUUGGACUCGGUUGCCCAACCGAAUAGUAUGCAGGGAAAAUCCCGUGAAAACACGCGUGAAAAACCGAUUGUGAUAUCGAGUGAGCGUGAAAAUUCAAACGAGUUUUCACCCGCGGCGUUCUAAUCUUCUUUAUUUUUGCUUUCUCGCCUGUCGAGACGCGGUGGUGUGCUGUUACUCAAAUUGGAUGGAAAUGAACCAUCUGUUGAUCGUUGACCGCAGGCAGCAACUAUGAGUAUAAGCGGAAGACGUGAGCAGAGCGAUGAAAAUUAAUAGCAAAAUUAAUAUGCCAUAGAGAAGCAGAUUAUUCGAAGCAAUCAGUGAGCUGUCCAGGGAAAUUUAUGGCGGCAAAAUGUGAUAUAGUGCUGUACCUUGAGGAAAAUUUAUUGAGUUAAACUAAGUGAUAAACACCAAUAUCGGAGAGAUGGCGAAUUCUCCGGAAAAUGGCACGGUCAACAAUGAUCUCAUGGAGCAUUUCAAGAAGAUUGAUGUGAAAAUCGUCGAUCAAGAACAAGAAGCAUUUACGGUUAGGUUUGUUAAGUUCUGGAAAAGGCUGGAAAUUAAAACUGCAUUAUCACACGUCGGUUUGCUGUUAUCGUUGGCGAUAUACUGUGGUGUAGGAGGAGUGAUAUUCAGGGAACUCGAGUUGCCGGCGGAAGUGGCACGAAUUAAAAACCUACGGGAAUCAUUGGUGGAACAACGUGAGCAUUUUAUUUAUUCCAUCGUGAACAAUACCGAUGUAAGGAAUCUGGAUACAUUGUUCUCAUUAGAAUUAGAAAAGUACGAAAAGGUUGUACAAGACGCCGCUCAGGGUGGGAUUUCCAUAGACGUGGACAACAAUUUUCCAGUGGAAUCGGAAAAAUGGAGCAUCCUACAGGCAGUGUUCUUUGCUUCAACGGUUCUAACCACUAUCGGUUAUGGGAAUAUAGUGCCAGUAACGCUCUGGGGACGAAUUUUCUGCAUACUCUUCGCACUGAUCGGUAUUCCUUUGACGCUGACCGUGAUUGCCGACUGGGGACGCCUAUUUGCGACGGCGGUUUCCGUCAUUGGGAAACACUGGAGAUCUAUAGUUCCCUUUGCAAGAUUUUGCCCCGAAGAUGGGCUAAAAAUGAGUGACAAAAAAUGGUUGUAUGCAGUUGGUGCUGUUUGCUUCCUAGGAGUUUACCUGGCGGCUGGAACUGGUCUAUUGCUGUUGUGGGAAGAAGAUUGGAACUUCUUCGAUGGAUACUACUUCUGCUUUAUCACUAUGACAACCAUUGGAUUUGGAGAUCUUGUUCCGAGUAAACCGAACUACAUGCUUCUUUGCACUUUGUACAUUUUGGUUGGUUUGGCUUUGACUUCUACUAUCAUUGAGCUGGUGAGACGUCAGUAUGCACAAAGCUGGCAGAAACUGCAAGCAUUAUCAGGCCCACUUGCCGACACGCUGCGACGGCUCGGGGAAUCAGCUGGAACUGGAAUCGAUGUCACAGCAUUACACAACGAUUUGAGACGAGUGCUCACCGUGGUCUCAAUGCCGCGACGUCACGGAAGCAAAAAGAAUGAUCCUAGUGAAAUGGCCGCUCUGGAAGCAAUUACCAAUGCAAUACUGCAAGAUAUUAAGGAAAAACAGGAAAGCAAAGAACCACCGAAAGUUGUUCAGAUUGUCAUCUACGAAUCAUCCGUCUAGAAGAGCGAUAUCAUCGAACCGACACGUGAUUGAAAUUUUUACGACGAUGACACCUUCGAUGCACUUGAGUGAAGGAAGAUGCUGCCGUUUAUAAUGGUGAAACCCGUUUGGCGCGUCAUCAUAGAACAUUCUCAGUAUAACGUCCAUAAAGUGUAGGAUUGAUAGUGUACAGAGAACCGUAAAUUAUAAACUGGAGGACGGUACUAAAUGUGUAUUCUUUUAAUUAAUGUAGCGUACUAUAAGCCAAUGAAUUAUCAAAUCAAGAGAUAAAUUAUAAAAUUAUCGAAGUUCAGCCAAUGAUGUAAAAUUAGAGACAACCAAAUCACACGACAGACACCCGUAAGAGUAGAAGCAUGUCAAAAAAUCUUAAAUCGCUUAAAAUAAAAUUUAUCUGAGGCCUUUGUAUAUCGUUAAGUAUUUAUUAUAUAACCGAUGUACAUGUUGAAAAAUAACAUAUUGUGCACUGAAAUAUCAAUACAAAUCUA